AUGUCCUUUUACAAUGCUAAUAGUAAUGCUAAUAAUGGUGGCGGCUUUUAUCAACCUUCCGCACAAUUUGCGGUUCCUCAGGGAUCCAUGAAUUUUCAAAAUACUGUUGACUCUUCAAAUACUGGUAAUGACAAUAAUUUGGGUGUUGCCCCCGAUCCUUUGCCAGUGGGUAUUCUACACGCUCUUUCCACGAAGGGGUAUGCACAUGAACCUCCAUUGUUAGAAGAAGUUGGGAUUAAUUUCGAUCAUAUUAUAACAAAAACCAAGAUGGUUCUUAUACCAAUACGUUUUGGUAAUGGUGUGCCACAAGAGAUCUUGAACGAUUCAGAUUUGGCCGGGCCUUUGAUAUUCUUUUUAUUAUUUGGUCUUUUUUUGUUGAUGGCUGGAAAAGUUCAUUUUGGUUACAUUUAUGGUGUCGCCUUGUUUGGCACCAUUUCUCUACACAAUUUAUCUAAAUUAAUGAGCAAUAAUGAUACUUCUAUUCAAACAAACCUACAAUUCUUUAAUACAGCAUCCAUCCUGGGGUACUGCUUUUUGCCUUUGUGUUUUCUUUCUUUAAUGGGCAUUUUUCGUGGCUUGAACAACACUACGGGGUAUAUUAUAUCAGUACUAUUUGUGAUUUGGAGUACUUGGACUUCUUCUGGAUUCUUAAACUCCUUAUUGCAGUUACAGAACGCCAGAUUAUUAAUCGCUUACCCACUAUUGAUCUUUUACAGCGUUUUUGCCCUCAUGGUAAUUUUUGUUUAA